AUGCAUGCCCGUUCCAAUUUCCCAAAAGAAUGCGAGCAGGUGCUCAACCAACUUAUUGCUCGCUGGUGGUCCAUGGAACGUACCUACCUGCACAUGAGUUCAGUUUGUGGAAGUGAGAUGAAUCUGAGCGGAUUUCGCACCUGUUUCCGUUUGUGUUCUCUGAGAGCUCGAAAACAUAUGGAAACUUUCUUGCGAUUCCUGAUCAUCCGCGGUGGAAUGUUCCAGGUAGACAGCAUCAAACCACUGAUGGAAGUUCCCACCAACUUGGAAGGAGGAAUGAGUCGCCUGAUGCAAAUGACCUUCGACAUGGAAAGUGAAAUGGAACAGCGCCUUCGUGAAUUUUAUGCACUAGCCAAAGAGAAAAAUGACAUCAACACGUGUGAAUUUAUCGAAAGUGGAAUCCUGAGACGUCAAAUGGAGGCACUCAAAUGGUGUGUAUACCACAUUACUGGGCUGCGGAACUGCAACAACGAUUUCACUUACGACAAAAUUGAAAUGCUUCCAAUGACAUCCUCGUGGAAACGACGUAAUAUGCACAAAUUCCGCAAUUUCAUCGAUCGGGAUCUUUUGUACUCGUUCAACCGGCUCACACUUGACAACUCCAUCGGGCAACACUGCACCUGUCUGUUCCGUUACGGUGACGUUUGUCUCUGCAAGUAUGAAGACCGUGCUCAGACUGGUUUGAACACAGCGGGAGACUAUUUUUGCAACGCUUUUGAAAUAUAA